AUGAAGCUCUCCUUCAACAUUCGUGACAGCAUUUGGUUGAAUCACUCGCGAUGUCGACCACUGCCACUUGAGACAAUGGCGACGUCUGUCGAGGAGAGCGACAGCGUCCAACUCCAAUCUCUUCCAGUUCAGAGGCAUGAACGCAUUAAUUCCAAGUCAUCAACAGUUGGCAGACAAGCAGCUGAAGCAGAGACUCAGUAUCCGACCGGUGCCAAGUUCUGCCUUACCUUUCAUUACGGACCACUUCCACAGCAUUGCGGAUGUCGGAUGGCACUCAGCGGCUUACAGGCUAUGCUCUUCGUCUUUUCAGUCUUGCUCGGGAAAUUGUACGAACUCUUCUCGGCGAAGAGAGUUUUCUCGGCAUUGAUUUCUCAUUCAUCUAGGUGGUGCAAUGACACAGCAUCUUCGGUGUAUUUGUUGUUCAGGCUCGGACCACAGCUGGCGUUGGUGCAUUUGGAUCAACCUUCCGCUGGGGAGCGUCGUGCUCAUUGCAACUUGCUUCUUCCUGACAGACGUUUGAACCAAACCAAGCAAAGAAAUCUCCUAAGGAGAGAUAUCCUAGGCCAGCUUGAUCUGGUUGGAAACGUCGUCUUCGUACCAGCUCUUGCAUGGCUGUUCAUUGCACUAUCUUUUGGAGGUGUAAGUCAUGAGUGGAGCUAUGUCAAGAUCGCCAUGUCAUUGGUUGCUUUCGUUGUCCUUCUGGGCAUAUUCGUCAAGCAGGAGUCUGCCACAAGUCCGCAUCGAAUCAUCGUCAAUCGAAAUAUGCUGGCCGGUUUCCUAUUCUCCAGCUGCACCAACUCGGUCAACUCGAUCAUUGAAGUGCAUGGUUUUGAUCUUUCAACUUGUGGACUUCUCAUGGCCCCGAUUCUAGUCGGCUUCACGGUCUCCAUGCUGAUUACGGGGAGCGGAACCACGAUCUUUAGCUACUACACGCCCUUCAUGGUAGCAGCUUCGGUACUCAGUCGACACAGGUCUCGCGCAGCUGAUAUUGUACUUUGGCUUUGCAGGCUUCGCUACGGCGAUGCAGACGAUAUUCCAGGUCAGUGGUGCGCCAUUAGCUCUGUCCGUAAUGCUCAGACAAUAUUGACUGAAAGCCAACUCGCACAGUCGGCUCCGGAUCUGGACGUGGACGCCAUCGAAAGUAUGAGAUUUUCAGAUCUCCAGUCGAGCUUAGGUCCAGAUAAGCUUGCAAAGAUGGUCCAUGGAUCCGAUGUAUUGCUCUCACAAACAUAUUACCUGCCUGUUGGACUAGUAUGCAUUACCAUUAUUGGUCCGCUCUUAAUGGAUUGGCGAUCUGUUAAGCACACGCAAUGCUGA